CUGUAGAACCGAAUUUGUGUGGUAUCCACAUAGUCACAGAUUCGAUUCUAGGGGAAUAUAUGGUCGAUGCAAAAACUUCAUGUUUCUCCGAAAUAGCCAUAGUCGGACGCUGAGGCCAGAGGCAGCCGGGUGCGGGUCAGUUUCCUUUCUGUUUUAAUAUUACCUUAGACUCCAGGAAGAUGGACUGAGCCUGGUGACACGGGGGGAGCCUUUUCCCCGAAGCCCCUCACGUUUAAACAGAGGUUCCCGUAUAAACCCUUAAUUGGUUGCAUGAAUGCAGGGCCAAAGGGCUAGCUUUUGGGGAACUGGGGAGCAAGGUGGAAAGCCAGGUAGCCCCAGCCCCAACUCUGCCCUCAAGGAGAAUGAAGUGAGGUCAGAGGGUGCCCAGUGAGGAGGCUCAUAGGUCGUUGACUGCCACGUGGGAAAAGGGAGUGCAGGGUCCUUUGGAGCCUAUCUGGGUGAGGUGGGGGUGCCAUCAUCACCUUCCAGGCCCACCCCUCAGCUGUAUGAGCUGGGUGGAGGGCGGUCUUGCCAUACCUGUAAGACCGACUUUGGCUAAAAGCACUCCAUCCUGGGCACUCACAGAAAGCUUGGCAGUUACUCAUCGCCUGAUUUGAUUCGGGCCCGCCAGACUGUUGUAACUUUUGGGUGACCCUGAGGAAGACAAAGCCGGGACUCGGCCUUUGUAUGGCAGAGUCCCCGUUCCCGCGGGCGGGAGCCCUGCCUGCCUGGGGUACUCUGCCCAACUCAGAGGCUGCCUCACCCACCGGCCUUUUGGCAUUCUGCAGCCUGACAGAGUUGGGGUUUCAUUCCCCCUUGAACUGUACCCAUUUUGGGGGGCUGUAUUUCAGCGGGGUGAGUGGAGAGGACACUGGAGGUUAACAAAGUCAGUGGCAGACAAAAGCUGGGAUUACCUGCCAGGAAUGAGGGUGCGGGGAAUUGGAGAACUACACUAACAUCUGGCGGGGGCCCUCAAAUGUGCCAUGGCGAGUCACUUGAUUACACGUAUGUUAUUUAGUUAAAUUUGUGAAAAUUAUGAGAUGCUCACCAACCCGGUGAUAAACUCGCUUCCUCGCUAUUGGCUGGCUUGGUCACAUGGCCGCCAACUUUAUUCAGUUGACAGCAAGUAGGAGGGCCCUAUGGAAGGAGAAAAAAAGACAACACGAGAAAAAUUAGUAUUUUCUACCUUCUGAAAUUAAUGGCCAUGAGUUCGUAUAUGGUGAACUCCAAGUAUGUGGACCCCAAGUUCCCUCCGUGCGAAGAAUAUUUGCAGGGCAGCUACCUAGGCGAGCAGGGCGCCGACUACUACAGCGGAGGCGUGCAGGGUGCAGACUUCCAGCCCCCGGGGCUCUACCCACGGCCCGACUUCGGUGAGCAGACCUUCGGAGGCGGCGGGCCCGGGCCCGGCUCGGCGCUACCCACGCGGGGUCACGGGCAAGAACCCGGCGGCCCCGGCGGCCACUACGGAGCCCCAGGAGAGCCGUGCCCCGCGCCCCCGGCGCCGCCGCCCGCGCCUCUGCCCAGCGCCAGGGCCUGCAGCCAGCCGGGCGGCCCCAAGCAGCCGCCCCCCGGGACGGCACUCAAGCAGCCCGCGGUGGUCUACCCAUGGAUGAAGAAGGUGCACGUGAAUUCGGUGAACCCCAACUACACUGGCGGGGAGCCCAAGCGGUCUCGGACGGCCUACACCCGGCAGCAAGUCCUAGAACUGGAAAAAGAAUUUCAUUUUAACAGGUAUCUGACCCGGCGCCGUCGGAUUGAAAUUGCUCACACCCUGUGUCUCUCUGAGCGCCAGAUCAAGAUCUGGUUCCAGAACCGGAGGAUGAAGUGGAAAAAAGACCACAAGCUGCCCAACACCAAAGGCAGGUCCUCGUCCUCGUCCUCCUCCUCCUCCUCCUCCUGCUCCUCCUCAGCUGCCCCAGGCCAGCAUUUGCAGCAGCUGGCCAAGGACCACCACACGGACCUGACGACCUUGUAGAAGUGGGGACCCUGGGCCCAUUCCUCCCUGCGCUCCCGGCUGAGCCGAAGCUGCGGGGGCAGGCCAGGCUUGCUGUCACCUCCCUGGGCUCUAAGGUACUGUGGGGUGGACCUGGGAUACGCAGGCCGCCCUCGGACUAGGUUAGCAUCCUGCCCGAGGGCAGCCCCCUCCCUGAAGCGGGAUGGGGGUGGGAGGGGGGCGGGAUUCUCUCUCUAAGUAUAUUAUCAUAUGGCAGGAGCUACUGAGAACAUAAACCUUGGCGAGUCAUUAAACUUAUGAAAAUCUCUGCUGUUGGAUUUUGAAUUUGCAAAUGAAGGUUGGAUGCUUUAUCCCAGUGUGAAUUUGAACAUCCUCCCCCACCCCACCCCUCCAGGGAUCUUGGUGGCUUAAUAAAGUGGGGGAGUUGAGGCAGCAGGUUGGCCAUCCCUGUGCUAGGUGCUUUCAGUGGAAACAGGGAAGCUGGGCCAGGAUUUCUGAACUUUCUGGGUUAUCUGUAUAAUUUCCGGUGUGAAAAAAAUAUUUUGCUCCCGGUGGCCCCAUGCCCAAAGAAAUGAGUCUAAGAAGGAAGUGGAAAUGGGUUGGGUUAUUUUAUGUUUAGAUUAUAUUUGCUUAAAUAUUUAUUUGUUGGGGGAUGGGGGACAGAAAUAACUGACAUCUUAAUGCCAAAAAUCUUAAGAAGGUGAAAGGGGCUGAGUUUCAGGGAGAAGAAUCAGAGAUGUGUGGACUAACUUCUGGCUCUAACCGGCAUUUUGAACUCCACCCCUCCCCACUCCCCGGAAAUGUGUGUAGGGGGCCCUUAACCCUUUUAGAGGGAAGCAAAGGGUCCACUCAAAGUUGAGUUCUUGAAAAUAUAUUUCCACAUGUGCUUUUUUCAGCACUGUGCUUACAACUAGUUCUGGGUGAUUAAAGGAAAGGGAAAAGAGAAAGAAACAAAUGGUCCAACAUUUUCCUUCUGGGGAAAGAAAACAACACCUCUAUGUUCUGGGUCAUUAGAUUGUGACUGAAUUUUCUAUUCCAACUGGAUUCCAAAUGCUGGAUUCCAAAUUACCCAUGUAGCAGUAUUUUAUAGGAAUUGGUGUACGGCCUAUAUGGGAGAGGGGGUGUGUGGUGGGGAGAAACUGGGAAGGUGGGGAAAUCUUGCUGUAAAAAAGAAAGAGAACACUAAUUGAAUCUAGAAGCCCACAAAAGUUGGUCUUAGGGUUUUUUUCCCUGAAGUUUCUUUUAUUUUUUAAACAAGUGUAAGGAAGUUUUUCUCAACCCAUUGAUUAGAAGCAGAGAUUGUAAAAGUAUAAAAGUUUUAGGCCCUCCUCCUUGCCUUAAGAAUAGUGGUUUCAUAACAAUCACUCUCAAACAACAGAGGAGUGAUGUUCUUUAGUCAUUUUUCUUAUGCCUUGCCUGAAGAUUCAAGGCUCAUUUUUCUAAAAUGCUGACCCUUAAGGCUAAGGGGGGGGGGGGAGAGUCAAAGGGAAUGGCCAGAGUUCAUAUACUCAAAUGAAACAGACUUUGGAAGUUUAAACCCCAAAGCUGUGGGCUCCAAAAAGAAACCCCUGGUUGUAGCUACCAAAAAGUGACAAAAGAGGGGAGGGGAAAAGGAUGAGCUUGAAAGAGAGAUUAAGAAUUGGAGCUAUUUUUUUUUUCAGUGCUUCAGAAUGCUUUAUAAAGUUCAGAGAUAAUUUUUUAAAUAUAUUUAAGUGGAGGGAGAAAAAAAAAAAGACUUUUUCUGCACGCAUGUUCUUUGGUGUCUCCUGAGAGCUGAGAGCAGGUAUUCACUGGAGUCCCUAGGCUGAAAUUCCACUUCUCUAAAGUAUCUUCCAAGCCUUGGUCUUUUGUAUUAGACCCUGGGGACAGCUCUUUGUUCCUCCUUGGGGUGAGCCUGGCUCUCAGACUUGCACAUGGCAAUACUUGAAUAUCGCCACGUCGGGAUAUUAAAGAUGGAUAUUCCUGCAUUAUUCGCAUCAUUGUUUCUAUGACAAAAAGCAAAGAGUUCAUACAUAGUCAAGACGUCUUUUUUCUGACGCCCUCACGUUGAGAAGCUGAAAAGGUAUUUUACUGAAGUUCGGCUAAAUUACAGAAUCAGGUUCAUCCAGAGGACAAAUUUUCUAUUCGAUUAGCUGUAUUUCAGCCGGGAGGACUGACCUCUAAACCCUUAACCUUUUGGACUCUAACUACCCUUCUCUUCUUUUUUUCCCCCUCUAAUGGGGAGAGCAGUCUUUGGAUGUAGCAUUUGAAAAGAGCCGCUAUCGUCAGAGGCAAGUUGGAAAGUUGCUAAGAUUCUUUCCUAAAGCCCAAAUCUGUGAAUAUAUUGAACCUUCUCCUUGGGAGGGGGGAAAAGUAUAUAUUUUCACGACACCCAACUACAUAUAUAUUAUAAAGAUUAUUAUAUAGAUUUCCCCAUUCCCAGAAGUUCAGGUUAUCUACCCCAGCUUCAGACCAAAUGCCAAAACUGCUUCACUGACUUCACCCAUGUCCCAGAGGAAAGCCAAGAGGCAUGUUUUGUUGAAGAAAACCCACCUUCUUCUCAAACAUAGCUUCACUACUUUGAAAAGUAACUUAAUCAGAGAAACAACUUCUUUGUUUAUAAGUCUCAGUUCUCCUCAGUUUCCAGGGAUUGUCUUUUGAAAUGUUAAUGGAGCUUGGAUGGCCCAGGGGGCAGUCCUCAACCCUGUGGUCCCAAUCGGACCCCAGCGUCCAUUUGGGCCCACAGGAGUGGGGCAGGGGAGAAGCAGCAGCACCCCCCCCCCUUCUCAAAACCACCUAGGGCAGGGAAGGAAAUGAGUUUCCAUCUGGGAACAUACUCUGGAGAAACCUAGAUGUGGAAAGGCUCAGUGCCCAUUUGCUUUCAUUUGUUUCCAGUUUGUUCCCCCAAAUAUGAGCCAGAAGUGUUUGUUUUGGUGUUGUUUUUUUUUUUAAGCUGUGUUGGGGUCGUGACUGGGGAGGAGUGAAGUGUUUACCGAGGACAUUGCUCCUCAGACUCCCAUCUCACUUUGUCCAUUGCAGCCUUUUGUUGGGAGAUGACAUUGUCUGUCAGCCCCAUGGUGUCUGUUCACACAGGAUGCUUUUUUAAUAGAAUUGACCAAUGUUCUGCUGCCACUGAUUAAAGUAUUAUUUAUACUAAUUGUUGCCUGUAGUUUUGAUGUAAUUCAUUGAUCUAUAUUUGAAAUAAUAAAAGGUGUAGCGAAACUUCCAUCCUGUUUGGUGCCUCCAAAGAAGCAUUCUUCAUUAAGUCUUCUAAAAGCUAACAUUCAAUAUAAACAAUUUAUUAU